CCCACCGAGGAACCAGAAUGUGAAUACGAGUGUCUCGUGUGCAUCGACACUUUCCCGGAGUCUAAAAUGGUUGAGACAGAAUGCGGUCACCGCUACUGCGAGGUCUGCAUCAACAAAGUUUUCGACAAUGCGUGUAGCGGACAAGGGGUCUUUCCUCCCAAAUGCUGCCGCCCUGUAUCCUUCACUGUGGCUGACAGCUUGCUCAAGAAAGCGACACGAGACCGCACCAUGGAGAGGGCCAAAGAGUGGAUCGAAAAGUCGCCCGUCUACUGCUUUGAACCUUUCUGCGCAAGAUUCAUUCCUAGUGACACGUUCCACAAUAACGAAGGGGUGUGCCCGAAAUGCCACCGAAAAACCUGCAAAUUCUGCAAGAAAAUGGCUCAUGGCGGACAUCCGUGCCUCGAGGACCCAGAAGACGUGGACGUGAUCGCCAUGGCCAACCGCGAAGGCUGGAAGAGGUGCGUCCAGUGCCAUUUCCUCGUGGAGAAGAUCGAGGGAUGCGAGCACAUGGUCUGUAAAUGUGGCCACGAGUUCUGCUACCAAUGCGAAAAGAGCUGGAGAGACUGCCUUGGUGAAUGC